AUGCUUGCGCGACCGCGUACGCAGCUCGCUCUCGCCUGGGUCAUAUUCAGCGUCGUCUCCACCAUGUACCUCGCGCCGCCAGUCAUCUCAGGCCCGACAGCCGACGAUCUUGGCGUGAGCGCCGCCGACGUCUCGCUGCUUCCGACCGCAAAUGCCUUCACGCAGGUGGUUCUGGCGAUGCCAGCUGGCGCAGUGCUGCACCGCAUUGGCGUAAGCCGUUGCGUAGCCAUCGGAGCGACGACAUUCAGCCUCGCGGCGACUGGCUGCGCCUUCGCGGGAUCGCUGCAGGCCUUGCUAGGCUUGCAGCUCGCGUUCGGGGUCGCGGCCUGCCUCUCCGGGCCGGGGCCACUCACACUCCUGGUCAAUUCGUGGUUUGACGCCAGUGGCAAAGCCUUCGCCGUCGGCGUCUUGUUCACCGCUUUCGGAGUGGCCGGCGUGCUCUGGCCGCCACUCUGCGCCUGGGCCGCGGCGGAGGUCCUGGAGCCCGCGAGCCCCACCGCCGUGCCGCCUGCAGAAGGCCUUGAGGCAAAGGCUCCUGAGCCCCAGACGCGGGCAAGAGGAGCCAAGUGCUCUGCGUACGCCUCCCGGCUGCCGUGGUGGCUCUCCGCCUGGCGCGUCUGGAGCCUGGCUGCCUUCAGCUUUUGGGUCAUGUUUGUGACUCAGGCCUUCAACAACUAUUUGACGCUGUACCUCGCCACGGAGGCGGACGUGCCCCUUACCACUGCGAGCGCCUACACGUCAAUCAUCUACGGGCUCAACAUGACGGGAAAGGUUCUCUUUGGGCUCCUCUUCGACCACCAGCGCGCGAAUGCCUACGCCAUCGCCGCCCUGGCGCUGUGGGUGCUUGGAUGCGCCAUGGUGCCGCGCGUCAACGGCUCGGGCGAGCUUCGGCCAGGCGCGGUGGACGGCACCCGGGGUGAGGGCGUGUCACACAUCCAGCUGCUGGCCUUCUCGCUCGUCUACGGCUUGGGGUAUGGCGGGGUCUUCAUCCUCAUGCAGUCCAAGCCGUUGCAGCUCUACGGCGGCGACGCGGGCUUCCCGCACAUGCAGGGCUUCUUUCUCACCUGGCAGCGCGUCGGAACCAUCGCGGGCGUCUCCCUCACGGGAGUGAUGGCUCGGGGCGCCGACUCGGAGCACGCAGGCUCCUUCUCCACGCCAUUCAAGUGGCUGCCGCUCCUCGCCGCCCUCGCGAUGGCCCACUUUGCAGGCGCUGUCUUUCAGCCAAGGAUAUGCACCACCUCGUGCGGCCGCGGCGUGCAGAGGGGGGUGCAGCCGCGGGAGGUCGGAAUGCGAUGGCAGCGGAUGGCGUCGAACGCGUCGGACGAUUCCAGAGAGAGCACCCGUGCUUGAGGAGGCCGUGGUCUGUAGCGAAUCGUUUUCAGUGUAGAGAGAAAGUGUUCCUUCUCAAUC